CACCAAAAUCAGAUUUUGAAGACUCUCAAGCGCAUGAAAUGCGGGCAAUGAGAAAUUUGUGAGAAACCGAUUUCAAACUCUCACCAACGUUAUCUACAAAACAAUCCCAUUUCACAAAAAUUCCUGUUUUUUUUUCCUUAAAUUAGUUUUCUAUUGCCUGUUUGCUCAAUCAAGGCUCCGGGAAAGUUUUUUUUCCUUUCCAUAUUGGGCUAAAAGGUCGUUAAAUCUCGUCCCAAGCCUUCUGUUGUCUCGAAGAAGGCCUCUGGGAAAACGCAGAUCAACGUGUAUAUAUAUAUAUAUGUAUGUAUGUAUAUCUUGUUGUUCUUGAUUUUGUUAUGUAGGCGGGUGAAAAUGAUACGGUGGUGGUGGAUAAUGGCGCUGCAAUUGGCGGAGGUAUUUGUGUGUGCCGCGAUUCAUAUGGGAUAUGGGUUUUACAUAUUCACCACCGCCGUGGCCGGCGAUGUAUCUCGGGCCUGGAGUGAUUGGUUUUUCAAGCCCAAUGUGGAGAGUGGGAUGAAAGCUAAGGUUUCAAUGGCGAAAACCAGCGUUAGUGAUCUACCUCCCAUUGUGUUGGUUCAUGGGAUCUUUGGUUUUGGCAAAGGGGUUAUUUCGGUUCUGCCAUCAUCUCCCACAAAAAUUCAACAAUCGGCGACGGCCGAAUCAUCAUCGGUUACCAUCUACUGGAGAAGGCGACCAAUUGGUCGCUGGAGAAGGCGAAAGGCGACUAGUUGGUGGCCUUCUACUUUUGAGAUUGGGAGGGCUAUCUUAUUUUGCUGGAGCAGAGAAGAAGGAUGAUAGGGUUCUUGUGCCUGAUUUGGGGUCACUGACUAGCAUUUAUGAUAGGGCUCGGGAAUUGUUUUAUUAUUUGAAAGGAGGAACUGUUGAUUAUGGAGAAGAACAUAGCAGGAAUUGUGGGCACUCCCAAUUUGGACGAAUUUAUCAACAAGGGCAUUACCCUGAGUGGGAUGAGGAUCACCCUAUUCACUUUGUUGGACAUUCAGCUGGUGCCCAGGUUGUGCGUGUUUUACAGCAAAUGUUGGCUGACAAGGCAUUCGCGGGAUAUGAAAAUACUUCAGAGAAUUGGAUCAUAAGCAUAACAUCGUUAUCUGGAGCAUUCAAUGGGACAACAAGAGCAUACCUAGAUGGCAUGGAACCUGGAGAUGGGAAGGCGAUGAAAACCGUCUCUCUGCUCCAGAUUUGUCGCGUUGGAGUACUCAUUUAUGAGUGGCUUGACAUCCGUUGGCUGAAGGCGUACUACAACUUUGGGUUUGAUCAUUUCAAUCUCUCCCGGGAGAAGAUUGGCGUUUGGGGUCUUGUCGGUUGCCUCUUGGGUAAAUCCGGUCCCUUUGCUUCGGGAGACUGGAUUUUGCCCGACCUCACUAUCCAAGGCUCCAUCAAACUGAACACCGGCUUACAUACAUUUCCCAAUACGUACUACUUCAGCUAUGCUACAAAGCGCACUAGGAAAAUUAUGGGCAUUAGUGUUCCUUCUGGCGUUCUUGGCAUACAUCCUAUGCUACUUAUCAGAGUCCUCGAGAUGAGCCAGUGGCGACAUCCUUCUGAUGUCCCGAUUCCUUAUAAAGGUUACAGAGAUCGAGAUUGGUGGGAAAACGACGGGGCACUCAACACAAUAUCCAUGAUGUACCCUUGCUUCCCGGUUGAGCAACCGAGCCAGUUCGUUGUAAAGGAUUCUGAAUGCCAGCCUUUGCAACCGGGCAUUUGGUAUUACAAGAUUGUUGAAGGCGACCACAUUCUGUUCAUUGUGAACCGCGAGAGGGCUGGAGUUCAAUUCGAUUUGAUAUACGACAGCAUAUUUGAGCGAUGCAGGAAACACGCGUUUAGGAAGAUUCCAACGCUACCAAACCAAACAGCGCAAUAGAUAUCUCGAUCUCUUGGUAAACUACUGUCUGCUUUGGCUAGACUAGAAUAGAGUGGUGCAGAUCAGACACCAGAUACUACUGCAAUAUGCUUCAGGCCUUCAGUAGUAAUAUGAAUGUAUGUAAUUAUAUAUGUAAAUAUGAAUAUAUAGAAGAUAUACUUAUCUUCAGUGGUGCUUUUUCGGUUUUCAACUUCUGGUUCUCUGUAUCAUAUCUGCCAUAGCCAACUCUAGUUUGUAGGAUUCUGAAGAACAAUGUAACCAAGUGUAUAAACACUUGAGCUGUAUUGUGGUACAUAUAUGCUACAACAUUGCAGUUAUGAUGUCA